UAUGUAAGUAGGGAGCUUUGAAAAUUUUACAAAAAAAACGUUAGUGACGCAAGUAUGGAGGAAAGAAAGGACGGCGAUAUUUGGUGUAGAGAGACAGUACCGAAGGUUUUGAAACUCGUUUGUUCCUCCACGAUUCUGAAUCACACUGAUCUUGUUUCUCUUAUUCUCGUUAGUCCAUUCCUUUAUCGUACCCUUCUCGAUUCUCAACCACUUUGGCAAUCACUUAAUUUUCGUGAGUUGAAUAAUGCUGGGAAUCGUCUUCUAGCUGCUCUUUCUCUGCCUAGAUAUCGCCAUGUAAAGGAGAUUAACCUUGAAUUUGCACGAGAUGUUGAAGACGCACAUCUCAUACUUAUUAAAGAUAAGUGUUUUGAUUCUCUUCAAAGCUUGGAGUCAUUAAAUCUGAACGUCUGCCAAAAAAUAUCGGAUACAGGAAUUGAAGCAAUAACUAGUUGUUGUCCUCAGCUAAAAACAUUUUCCGUCUACUGGAACGUGAGGGUAACUGAUACUGGACUACUACAUACAGCGAGGAACUGCAAACACAUUGUUGAUUUGAAUAUAAGUGGUUGUAAGAAUAUUUCAGACCGAGGUGUACAAUUAGUUGCCGACAAUUACCCGAAACUAGAGUCACUAAACUUGACAAGGUGCGUCAAGUUAACUGAUGCGGGGUUGAAGGAGUUGUUGCAGAAAUGCCUAUCCCUUCAGAGUUUGAAUCUCUAUGCAGUGUCUAGUUUCACAGAUGAAGCUUAUAGGAAAAUAUGCCUUCUGACACGUCUCACGUUUUUGGAUCUCUGUGGUGCCCAGAAUCUUUCAGAUCAAGGACUUCAGAGUAUUUCAAAAUGCAAGAACCUUGUUUCCCUCAAUCUGACUUGGUGUGUACGUGUGACUGAUGAGGGGGUUAUAGCCAUUGCACAGAGUUGCACCUCUCUUGAAUUUCUGAGCUUGUUCGGAAUAGUUGGCGUGACAGAUAAAUGUUUGGUGGCACUCUCAAAGUCAUGUUCUAACAGCAUUACAACGCUUGAUGUGAACGGAUGUAUUGGCAUCAAGAAGCGAAGCCGGGAAGAAUUGCUUCAGUUGUUUCCAUAUUUGAAGUGCUUUAAAGUGCAUAGUUAAUGUGUGGUUAUUGAAAUUUUGGUAAUAAAAGCAGUCUAUUCUUUUUAUUUUCACCGGUGGCAAUAUAACUUGUAAAAGAUGCAAAUCUAAUCCCAAAUGAUUAUUUUGAGCAUCUCAUUCUGCCUGUUUUGCAUGACUUAUUUUGCGAAUUUGUAAUGAAACCUGUCUGUCUUUUGUGGCAUUGAUAAAACUUGUAUCCAUGUAAUCUUUUUUA